UUCGUUGCGGCUGCGCACUGAGAUACGGAUUGCAACGUAGUGGAGGGUUGGGUGUCUGAACUUUAGCGAGCAGGGCGGUGCAUUUGGGUAUGCCAGGCUGCCAAACCCGGAGAAAAAGCCUUUAGGUUCGGGGGAAGCAAUCAGACUCCAGCAGUAAGACGGCUUUCUCUCACCGUGAGAAGGGUGGCAUAGUGUGGGCAAUUGUUGGAAUAGUGAUCACGGAAGGAAGGGAAAGCAACACACGGAAAAGGCGGAGAGUGCCCACCAGCUGCCGGCAUGGCCAGGGACUACGAUUACCUCUUUAAGCUUCUUAUCAUCGGCGACAGUGGUGUAGGAAAAAGUAGUUUGCUACUGCGCUUUGCAGACAACACAUUUUCAGGUAGCUACAUCACCACAAUUGGAGUCGAUUUCAAGAUCCGGACGGUUGAGAUCAACGGGGAGAAAGUGAAGCUGCAGAUUUGGGAUACAGCGGGGCAGGAGAGAUUCCGCACAAUCACCUCCACGUAUUACCGAGGCACUCAUGGUGUGAUCGUGGUGUAUGAUGUCACCAGCGCAGAGUCAUUCGUUAACGUGAAACGCUGGCUUCACGAGAUCAACCAGAACUGCGACGAUGUGUGUCGAAUAUUAGUGGGCAAUAAGAAUGACGACCCGGGUUCGAAAGUGGUGGAGACCAACGACGCGCAGAAGUUCGCCGAGCAGAUGGGGAUCAGCCUGUUCGAGACCAGCGCCAAGGACAACAUCAACGUGGAGGAUAUGUUUAACUGCAUCACGGAGCUGGUCCUGAAGGCUCGGAAAGAGGUGGUUGCCAAGCAGCAGCAGCAGCAGCAGACUGACGUUGUGAGGCUGAACAAGAACAGCAAGCGCAAGAAGAAGUGCUGCUAACGAACCAGCGGGCGGCAGACGGACCACGGUGGAGGGGCCUGACCGAGCCGGACCGAGACAACCGUGUAACGGUGCACAACAGGACUUCAGCGGUGAUCUCUGUAAAGGCUUUGUGCCGAAGUGAUGGAAUAAGGUCUGUUUUGGACAUGUACAGAUUUUAUUGGGUAUGGGAGGGAUUUUAUUUGUUCAGUAAGUUGGACCUUCUCGGUCAUGGAAAGGAUCAGGACCCUGACUGCCAGCAUAAAGCUCAGAUUAAUAGAAAUAUAUAUUUAUAUAUAUAUAUAUAUAUAUUUUCAUUCUUUGAAAUGGCACAGAUUUGCACCAUCUCAUUCCACGUUCCUCUGGACAUAGGUGAAUAUGGACACCCCUUUUUGUUUUUUUUCCUGGGGAGGCAGAACCGCCCUCUGCCAGCACACCACAUCCUUCACAUUAUGAACUUCAGCUUUUUAUUCAGUCAGAAUGACUGUUGUUUAUGUAUAAAAAGAGGAAAUUCGUAUUUUAGCUAGUGAGUCUGUUGGAGUGGCCAGCGUCAAGUCUUACCUGUUAAUCCCAAAAAGUGACCCAACUCCAGCAGGAACAAAUUACCACACCUUUUAUUGUCAGUAUACCUUCAUCAGCUGUCAAUCACCCCCCAUUGCCAGCACUGGAAUCCAUCUUCCCGUUGGCAUGGAAACGGCGCGUAAUGGUCCUGUUGGCAUGGAAACGGGGUUCACUGGUCCGGUUGGCAUGGAAACGGGGCUCAUUCGUCCGUUUGGCAUGGAAAUAGCGCUCACUGGUCCCAUUGGCAUGGAAACGGCGCUCACUGGUCCCGUUGGCAUGGAAACGGCGCUCACUGGUCCCGUUGGCAUGGAAACGGAGCUCACUGGUCCCGUUGGCAUGGAAACGGAGCUCACUGGUCCCGUUGGCAUGGAAACUGCUCUUGCCGGUUCUGCUGGUCACAUGGAGGAGAACAUGGAAGAAAAACAUUUUUUUUAAAAGAACUAGCAUUAUUUUUGUACUAACACUGUACGGUGAUUAAUGGUGGUUAAAUAACUGAAACUUGUGGAAUUCUGUGCGCAUGUCUCGUCAUCUUUUCUCCCCCCCCCUCCCACCCCCUUAUGUAUGAGUUGUGUUGGGUCAUCACUGCGUCCGGGUGUGGAGUGCCAUAGGUUUUCACCCUGAGUAAGUUCUGGGUUCUGUGGUCUCCCUCACGGGGCCGGUCCCGCUCCGUCCCAUCCCUCUGGCUCAAUGUGCUGUCUGGUGUAGAUGACCCCCUGUGCUCUCUCAGCCCCUCUGCCAUGGCCAUAGGGUCAUGACCCUCUGACAUCACACGCAGGGGAUCAGACUGCCCUCCUGCUUCUUACUCUGCCCCACGGUUUGUUGCUUUUACAGGAAAGAUUCAGGUUUUAAUCAGGGGUUAAUUUACCUAAGGCAUGAGCAGGGUCUAUGGAAAAGCGUGCCUGGGGCCAGGGAGGGGUACAUGGCCAAUCAACUGUCUGUAAGGGGAGGGUACUCAGCCAAUCACCAGCCUGAGACAUGUCCUUAGAAGUACAACACCAUCUUUAUUCUUAAUUGUCAUCGCAGUGUGGGGGGGGGGAAGAGAGAAUUGCAUAAUCACCCAAAUGAAAAUACACUGAGCCAGGCCGUGUUUACCACAGGUUGUGUGAGCCUCUGGGACGCCCCAUAGCUAGGAUGACUGUCGACCCUGAGCCCUGCCCUGCCCCCAGCCUAGAUCAGGUGCACAACCAGAGCCCGAUGGUUUCAGUGUUUCAUGCUAACUGCCGCCGCUGUUUGGCCAAGUUGGUCUUGAAUUUGAUUAACUCCAGCUGCUGACUGCACGCGUCUCGCUUGUGAAAAUGUGUACCGUGGUCUGAUGAGUGGAGUGAACCGUUUUUAUGUAUGCAGAUGUUUAGGAAGCUACCGUUUAAACUGAGCAGACGUUGGUAUUAAAGGGAUAUCAUUUUUUGUCAAAGCAACAUUCCCUUUUAGAACCAGGGUGUGGAAAUGCCAAAUCUUUUCCAAUUGCUUCAACUGCACCUGCAAGAAUUUUUUGGGGAGAAACCAUUCGGACAAAAGAGGGUUUGGCCUUGCCAUUGGUGAGCACCUGGGCAAAUCUCAAUAAAGUUCAUUAUUGUAUUAUUAAUAUUUGUAUUUUACACAUGCGUUGAUAUUUUUGUACAUUUGUGCUGAUUUAAUGGACACAAGAAGGGAGGCAUUUUCCACAAACCACAAAUUUAUGUAUGUAUGUUUAUGCAUUUGCAUGGGGAAGACCUUGAUUUUUCAUCUGGUUUGCUUGACAUUGCAAAUGUGAUAUCUUCCCAUCUCCACUCAUAAAUCUCCCCCAACUCGCAAAUGGCUUUCAAGCAAAUAAUUGAGCCAAAAAUAACUGCAAAUGGCGGAUUUCUUUCCAAUGCACUGAAUCCGGGAUCUAGUACUAUAGUAAAACGUUUGUUUACUUGUCUGAGGUUGGUUCUUUGUUAUUUCAGUUAACUGGAAAGAUGAUGUUUUAAAUGAAUUGGUUACCAUUUCAGAAAUGUUAAAAAGAAUACUUGACGCAGGCAUCUUUCAGUGUUGUGAAAGGAAGAAAACUCUUCAGUCCACUCAAACACAGAAAUGUGGUUCAAAAGCAAUUUCUUCUCGAUGUCUCUACUUAAUUGAACGUAUCACAUUUAAGGUGACCGGGUUAACCUGUGCUCUAUAAAUCCCGAAUUAAGGUGACCACUAUUGUACUUGCAAACUUAAUGGGGAAAUUGGUUAUUAUAAUAAAUAUUUUAAAAUAAUUAA